GGCGGCUCCUCCUCGCGGGUCUGAGCCGGAAGGGCUGGAGCGGGCGGGGCGAGGCGGCGGCGGCGGGCGCGAUGCCGGCGGAGGAGGAGGCGGCGGGCGGCCCGCGGCUGUGCGGGUAUCUGCAGAAGCUCUCCGGGAAGGGGCCGUUGCGGGCCUUCCGCAGCCGCUGGUUCGCCUUCGACGCGCGGCGCUGCGCGCUCUGCUACUACAAGGGCCCGCGGGAGGCGCAGCCGCUGGGCCGCCUGGAGCUCGCCCGGGCUGCCUUCCGCCUCCACGACCCGCCCGCGCCCGGCCCGGGCCCAGGACAGCAGCCGCAGCCGGCCGAGGAGGAGCGGCGCGCGGAGGAGAACGGCGCGCCCGGCACCGCCUUCGAGGUGCGCGGCCCCGGCGGCGACGUGGCCGUCCUGCGGGCUGCCACGCAUCAGGACAUGAUGUACUGGCUGCAGGAGCUCCAGCAGAAGAGGUGGGAGUAUUGCCACAGCCUUGACGCUGCCAAGCGAUACAGCCAGACGUCGCCCACCCCUGCCGGGUGCUCCAGGGGACUGGUGGCCAAGGACAGUCCUGAUUGCACGGUGUUGUCGGCAAAUGCUUCAGCGGAGAACGCCCGCAACAUCCUUGCCGUUGAGAUUGCACCCACGGAACUGGUGGGGGAGCAAGCCGCCUGCCUGCCUGCCCCGGGCCACCCCGGCCCCAUCAACUUCUCCUUGAGGCAGCUGGGCACCGAGAUCAGAAAUUCUGUGUCUUCCUUAAGAACCGGAAAAGGAAGUGGGGAAAACCGCAGGAGUGUUUUUUACACAGAAGAAUGGGAAAUGCUGGACCCCACCCCAAAAGAUCUGCAGGAAUCAGCGGCUCAGGAAGAAAAACAAAGGCUGGCAGCCGAGACCAGCAAAGGUGGGACCGGCUCAAGCUUCCCCUUUGACUUUGGCCGCCUCCCGCCCAAGGCCAGGCGUCCCCUGAAGGACAGCAUGGCUGCCAGCAAAAGCCGAGGCGGCCAGGAGGCCCCCCCUCGGGAGUGGAGCAGAGGCCAGCCGGCCGCAGAGAUGCAACUGAAGCUGCAGAGCCAGCAGGAGGACCUGGAGCAGCUGAAGACGGAGCUGGCCAGCCAGAAGGAACUGGUGCGGCUCCUGCAGCAGACGGUCCGGUCCUCCCAGUACGACCGGUACCUCACGGGGCCCCUCUGCGACGGGAGCGCCAAGGGCCACUUGGAGCUGCUUCACCAGAAAGACCGACAGAUUUGGGGCCUCAACCACCAGUUGGAAAAGCUGAAUCUGGACAAGGAGCACCUGCAGCAGGAGGUGGCCAGCCUGAAGUCCACGUUAGGGGAGCUGGGCGAGCAGCUGGACAUGCUGAUGGAGACCAUCCAGGCAAAGGACGAGGUGAUCAUGAAGCUCUCCAGGGAGCUGAGCGAAUGCGAGUCGUCCUGGCAAGGCAGAGCACCCCCUGCCGACGCCUCCCCCCCCCUCAGCAAGGAGCAGCAGGAGCUCAGCAAGCUGAAGGACAGCCUGCAGGGUUACAAAACCCAGAACAAAUUCCUAAAUAAGGAGAUCCUGGAACUUUCUGCUUUGCGAAGAAAUGCCGAGAACAGGGAGAAGGAGCUGAUGGCGAAGUACACCAGCCUGGAAGCCCAAAUGUGUCAGGUGGAGAGCAGGUACCUGGUGCUGCUGCAAGAGAGGAAGACGCCGGUGUGCUCGGAGGAGCCGAACCCCGACAGCAACCUGGUGGCCCAGCUGCUGGAAGAUGCCCUGAAGGUGGACAGCGGUGAGCUGCCCACACAGGCUUACUUCAAGCCCCACAUGGUCAGUGAGUAUGACGUGUAUGGGUUCCAGACAGUCCCGGAGGACGAGGAGGAGGAGGAGAGGCUGGUGGCGAAGGUGCGGGCUCUGGACCUGAAGUCCUUGUCCCUCACGGAGCACCAGGAGAUGUCCACGGGCGUGAAGUGGGAGAACUUCCUGGCUGCCACUGUGAACAGGGAGAUGGUCCGCUCAGUGGAGCUGAAGAGCCUCAUCCGGGGUGGGGUCCCCCACGAGCACCGUGGCCGGAUCUGGAAGUGGUGUGUCGGCCUCCACGUGAAGAGGUUCAAGGAGAGCAGCCCCCCCGGCUACUUCCAGAGCCUGCUGCAGAACGCGCUGAAGAAGCAGAACCCGGCCUCCAAGCAGAUCGAGCUGGACCUCCUGCGGACCCUGCCCAACAACAAGCAUUACUCCUCGCCCGCCUCCGAGGGCAUCCAGAAGCUGCGGAACGUCUUGCUGGCCUUUUCGUGGCGGAACCCAGACAUCGGCUAUUGCCAGGGGCUCAACAGACUGGCAGCCAUUGCUCUACUCUACCUGGAGCAGGAAGAUGCCUUCUGGUGCCUGGUGACCAUCGUGGAGGUCUUCAUGCCGCGGGACUAUUACACAAAAACACUGCUUGGCUCUCAGGUGGACCAGCGCGUGUUCAAGGACCUGAUGAACGAGAAGCUGCCCCGGCUGCACACACACUUUGAACAGCACCGGGUGGACUUCUCGCUCAUCACCUUCAACUGGUUCUUGAUCGUCUUUGUGGACAGUGUGGUCAGCGACGUCCUCUUCAAAAUAUGGGAUUCCUUUCUCUAUGAGGGACCAAAGGUGAUCUUUCGGUUUGCUCUGGCCCUCUUCAAGUACAAGGAGGAGGAGAUCUUAAAGCUGCUGGACUCGACGUCCAUCUUCAAGUACCUGCGGUCUUUCACUCGCACUGUCCUGGACGCCAGGAAGCUGACGGGCAUCGCCUUCAGGGACCUCAACCCCUUCCCCCUGCGCCAGAUCAGGAACCGGAGGGCCGUCCACCUGGAGAAGGUGCGCCUGGAGCUGCUGGAGCUGGAGGCCAUGCGCGAGGACUUCCUGCGCGAACGGGAGACCCACCCAGAGAAGAGGGAUCUGAUCAGCGAGGAUGAAGAAGACGGCUGAAGGGACCUCAGAGGACUCCUUGGGGGCGGGGGCUUUUCCACAAUGCAGAACCUCGUGGGGAUUUGAGGACAGCUUUACAAGUCCAGCGUUUCACAACUGAGUCAGAUCCUGCUCAGAUCGUCGUUAGUGUACCCAGCACUUUCAUUUCAGUUGCACAGCUGAGCUGUGAGUGUUUUCCUGAUUUUCAGAGCCUCUGAAAUCCUCCAGACACAAUACUGAAAGGCCCAUCGUUUUACGCCAAAUUCGUGGUCUUCAAAUCAUCCCAUUUUGGAGACAAAUUCCUUGUGGUCUUAAAAAAACGAACCAAGUUGCGGUAGCUUUUCUGGGGCUUCGAAGACGUUCUGCAGGUCCACCGCUUGGCUUUCCCACCUGGGGAAGCAGCAGCAGAGAACUGGAGACACCACCAGGGAUUCCUUUUGGGCCCGGCUCCCCGUCUCUGUUGGAAACAACAUGGCGACCAAGAAGGUGGUCCUUUCCCUGGCCUGAGGCGCUCAAAGGUGCCACAUUCCUCUGCAGGAUGGCCGGCCCCGUCCACAGCCAACAGCCCCGGCUGGACUUGGCCCCCGUCUCCCUGGUUCUCGCAUUGGGAGCCUGUGGUUCCACGGAGAGUAGAGGAGCCCGAGAGCAGGUGCCCGAAAGUUCCCGUUGGGGAGCUGGGGGACAGUUCAUCCCAGAAGAAUCCAGUCCUUCCAUUCAGGCUUCCUGCCUUCCUUGCAUGCAGCUUUUCUUCUUCAACAAUCCCUCCCCCCCUGCUCCUCCAGAGGCAUUUCUUGGGGAAGCAGUUCGGAGCCCCAGUGGCCAGGAGGAUUUGCCUGCUCACGACCAGAUCCAAGCCACUUUGGGGGCCAAGAAGGCACCCCACAGCCCAGAGUCAGUUUGGGAAAGACAGAAUCCAGGUCCAGUGUGGGCAUUUGAAUACCUCGCACUUGAAUCCCAGUCUAGUAGGCCAAUCCUGGGCUAUAAUAAGGUGGCAAAGGAGGAGGGUGAAUCCUCCCCGGUGGAGUUUUGGCUGACUUGUGGCUACCUGGAUUAAUGUUAAUGUGCUGGCCAGUCUGGUGGGUUUCCUCUGAAAGGGGGGCUACAAGGGGUACCCCAGGUUGUGUGAUGGAACCCAACGGGCUGGAUGUCUUCAUCCUCUAGAGGCUUUCCAGACUGCCAACACUGAAGAGAAAGUUGAGGAAAGGGAGACAGCAAUACACACACCCUAACACACCCCUUGGCAGCUUGAAGGUGGGUAGACUUCUACUCCCAGAAUUGCUCUGCUGGUUGGGGAAUUCAGGAUGCUGAUGUCCACCCAUCUUCAAGCUGCCAAAGUUGAGAAAGACUGAAUUUCCAAAUUUUCAGGUCUCAAUUCCUGCUAUGAGGUUUUCCUUUCUUUUUAUAAAGAAUCCCAAACUCUGCUAUGUACUAUAUAUAUAUACAACGUAUUUUAUGCAUGGUGUCAAUUCAAGCAGAAAGUAACCCCCCCUUCUACUUUUGCAGUUUGCACAAGCUUCACAGAGAUCCAGUCCAUUUUUCUGCCUUUCUUGCUGGAGCCCUAGAAUGACCCAUCCCCUUCCAAGAGGCCUCUUCCCUCUGGAGGAGGGGUCCGGUAUCCUGCGGAGGGUGACCAUCACAAGACUCACAGGAGUUGGAACUCCCGGCACAGAUUCCAGAAGAUUGGGGGGAGGGCAGGAGGUUCUCUUCUGUGUAGGGUGACUGCAGUCAGGGAUCCUGAGAGCUCUUUGGGGUUUAAAAUCCCUAAAUUCAUUUGCCAGAUGUUUGCAACCUCUUGAAAAUGGAUCAUUUAUUGUCUUUGAUUUUUAAAGGCUUUUGAUCUUCAUUCCUAUCUGGUUUUGUCUGACCAAUCCCAACAAAUAAAUGCACACGACCACC